GUGCCUCGUCAGGGCCUUCCACCCGCUUGACACAACGACAGAUUUUUUCUUUACACGGGCGUGUGGGCGUGGUGGUGGUGCGAGAGGUGCAGAGGGCCAGGAUAAGAGAGGAAUGGAGGUGUGGGUGGUAGCGUGUGGCACCCGGGGCAGCUCUCCCCUGGGCUGGGGCGCCUCUCUCGUAUAUACCUCAGUUUUAACCCAAUUUAACAUGCAGGAAGACUGCAGCUGCUCCUCGACGCUGCAUUUAACACCAUCUUGCAACACCCGACGUUCCCCUACCACCUAACGAGCCAUGAUUGUAUUAGCAUAAUGACAACUGGAGCAGCAGGAACAAGCAAUGACAAUUCGCCAAAGAAGAAGGGCUGGCCAAAGGGUCGUAAGCGCAGGCUCCUCCCUAAAGAUUCUAAUGCACCGAAAGGACCGCUUUCGGGUUACAUGCUGUUUAUGAGUGAUCAGCGUGAAAUCAUCCGACAAAGUAAUGCUGGACUUGCUUUCCACGAGAUCACCAAGCUAGUCGCACAGCGAUGGGCACAGCUUGAUGCCAACACCAAGACCAAGUAUUUAGAGGCUGCUGAAGCUGAUAAGGAGAGAUACCAGAGGGAAUUAGAAGAAUAUCAGAAAACGGACGCCUAUAAGAAGUUUAUGCAGAAGCAGCGGAGUGAAGAGAGUCCACCUCCAAAGAAACCUAGAAAAGAAAUUGUUGAAGAGACUAAGGAGGAGGAGGAAGAGGAACCAAUGAAUCCCCAGUCUGCAUUGGAGAUACCCAUCUUCACAGAGGAGUUCCUGAACCAUAACAAAGCUCGAGAAGCAGAGCUGCGACAACUUCGCAAAUCUAAUACGGAUUAUGAAGAACAGAAUGCCAUCCUCCAAAAGCAUAUCGAAAGCAUGAAGUGCACUGUGGAUAGACUAGAGUCUGAAACCAGCCAGCAGCGUAGUAACAAUGCUGCACUUCAGCAGCAUAUUGAAACACUCAGACGAACACUUACUAAGGCAUUUAUGUCCCUUCCUCUUCCUGGAACCCAAGAAACGCCAACAGAAGAAAGCAUCGACAGUUACAUGGUACAGCUUCAUUCCCUCAUUGUCAAUAAUCCACAGCAACACCAGAGUCUUAUACAGACAGUACGAGGAAUCGUUAGUCAGCUUGCGCUUACUUGAUUAAAUCCUGCUUAGCUGGUGAUCCCAGUAUGAUUAAAAUGGAAGUGAAUUGAUUAUUUUCAUUGCUUCUUACAGGAAAUGUAGCUUAUGGUUAAGUCUUUACCUGGUACCUGAUUUUUUAUUGCUUUAAUAUACUGUAUUGUAAAUGUACUGCUUAAGGAAGGACAAAGAAUGCUAGCAAGGUAAUAAGUAGAAACUUAUUUUAAUCCUCGAAGAUUCAUUAUAUUAAGUGUUUACUCCUUCAGGGUUAAAUUGUUCAGGGCAACGAAUGCACUUCUACUUACUGGUUUAUUGUAACACUACCAUUUGCUGGGUUAUUGUAGCACUACUUACUGGCUUAUUGUAGUGCUACUACUUACUGGCUUAUUGUAGUGCUACUACUUACUGGUUUAUUGUAGCACUACUACUUACUGCCUUGGCUUUCAACAAAAACCAAAUAAACUAACCUCAUAUUUUGCCUGCAGUAUCUAUCCAUUACUGUAGUCACAUUGAGAGCAGGGGAUAAGUCAGUGCAUGUUACCUAAAAUAAGGUGACCGGCUAGCUAAACACUCGUGUUCCUGUUUUGGCUCUCAAGUAAGUAAAGUAUUACUAGAGGUUUAUAUGGAUGAGAUCUGGAUGUGUUUAAAGACUGAGGACUCAGAUUAGUUGGGAUAAAUAUUUAGGACUUGGCAGCAGAUUGUCAAGUGGAAUUAUGGUGAAAUGAUGUAAACAAGAUGGAUAAAAGUUUGUGUGGAACAAUUUAGUUUUUUUAUUCUGAGUAUAAGAUUGUCUGACUUUACUGUAAAGCUAUGUGAUAUGGUGAAGUAUUUGUAUGAUUACUUAUAAGAUUAAUGUGCUCUUUCUGGAAGAAAGUGAAUGAGAAUGUAAAUCAUAUGUUUUGUUAUACAAAUCACUCUUAAUCAAGCACAAUAAAAAGUUUAUACUAUGCUUACCAUUUCCAAAUACAAUGUGUUAUACAGGGUAGUGGAAAGUUUUAAACAAUGUUUUAAUUAAUGAAACAUGCCAGGGUUAAUACUUGAUGUGUUUCAGAAUGCUAAAUGCUUAAUAAACUCUACUGUAUAUAGGUCUACUAAACAGGAUUUCAGAAGAAAUUAAAUUCCAUGUGAUAAGACUUGCUCAAGAUUAACGUAUUUAAAAAUGUAUAUUUUUCACUUUUAAUGGUUGACUAAAUGUUUUGCAGUCCGCUCCCCUUUGUACGUUUGUCUGACUUCCUUAUUAGUACUAUCAAUAUAUUUUUAAAAUUGUUUGAUUAUGUUUAAUAGUAGAUAUGUCUUAUCAGAGUUAUUUGCAACUAAAUCAUAUUUUAGAAAAAGCUAGUCUGCCUGGUAGAUUGGUGAAAGUCUUUACUGCUAUUAAAUGAACUUGUUGGAGGCGAUGAGUCACAAUAACGUGGCUAAAGUAUGUUGACCAGACUACACACUAGAAGGUGAAGGGACGACGACGUUUUUGUCCGUCCUGGACCAUUCUCAAGUCGAUUCGAGAAUGGUCCAGGACGGACCAAAACGUCGUCGUCCCUUCACCUUCUAGUGUGUGGCCUGGUCAAAAUGAACUUGUUCUCUUUCAAAGCAAAAGAAACCAUUUGCAGAAUUGUAAAUUACAGGUUCCUUAUUACUCUGUAUGGCCUUUUCCACAAUAUACCAGUAUUAAGUUUAUCUAGAAGUUGAAGAAUGACUAAAUUUUGCUUCUUUCUGUAAAACAAUGUUACCUACACAUUUGUUUAUUAAAGCAAAACAUUACCUUCAGUUAUUCAUGUUUUACAGUGAAGUUAUAUUAUCUGGUUAUUUUCAUAUGCAAGACACAUUGAUCAUUAAUACUUUGUCGCUGUAUUCACACACAUUGCAUGAAUUUUCACUCGAUGCUUUGUAUUGCUCAUAUUUAUGGUGAUCUAAGUAACAAUGUGAUGUAAAAGUUGCAGUCUGGUUCUGUAUGCCUCAGGAACAUCAUUAGGCAAAUAAAACCUAUGCUAAUUGG